AUAAAUAUAUAUAUAUAUACUUUCCCGAACAAUUUCGGAUCUUCACUAAUUCCACAAACCCCAAAUCCCAAAUCCUCACACCGCCGGAAUCAGCAGAAAUAUAUCGACCCACACCACGCUCUCCGCCAUCUGUGGCUAGGUUACCGCAGCAGUCGCCGGCGAAACAUUCUUCCAUGGAAAUUUAGAAAAUCGCCUCUUCUAUUGCUCGGAUUCAUCUUUGCCCCCGUCGAGGUUCACGCACCAAUUGGAGUUCUUCACGACAAAUUUACGCUUACAUAAUUAUUAGGAGAAACAAGCAUAUCUUAUUGAUUAGCAUUGGUUUUUUUUCAUUUUCAUAAUUUUAUCUCCGUUUUUUGGGUGCAAUUGUAAUAACCUUAUACGCACUUUUCGUUUCAUUCUGAAUUUUGGUUGAAUGUGAAUGCAAAGCUGUGGCAGUGGGGCUGCUCGAGAUUAAGUUUUUUUUUUUUGUAUUACUCUCAAGUCUCAACUCGUUCCUAGAAGCUUAGCGAAUGGCUAGCAUCGAACCAUUCAAUCGCUUGGUAAAACUUGCGGCAAGAGCGUUUUACGAUGACAUGACAACGAAAGGUGAAAACCAGACCAAGGUUGGAAGAAGUGACAACCGAGGAACCGCCGUUGUCAUUCUUGAUGCUCUUACUAGACGUCAGUGGGUUAGGGAAGAAGAUUUGGCUAAGGACUUGAAAAUCCACACCAAGCAACUUCGUCGGACAUUGAGGUUCUUUGAAGAAGAAAAACUAAUCACUCGUGACCACCGCAAGGAGAAUUCCAAAGGUGCAAAAAUAUAUAAUUCUGCAGUGGCUGCCGCAGUUGAUGGUCAGAGGAAUGGAAGAGAAGGCGAUGACAAACUUAAAAUGCAUACACAGUCCUAUUGUUGUCUAGAUUACUCUCAGAUAUAUGAUGUGGUGAGGUACAGACUGCAUCGCAUGAAGAAAAAGCUGAAGGAUGAAAUGGAUAGCAAGAACACAGUUCAGGAGUAUAUAUGCCCAAGCUGCAAUAAGAGAUAUACUGCACUUGAUGCACUUCGUUUGAUAUCUCCAUAUGAUGAGGACUUCCACUGUGAAAGCUGCAAUGGAGUCCUUGUUGCUGAGAGUGACAAAUUAGCUGCUCAAGAAAUGGGAGAUGGAGAUGAUAAUGCCAGCAGACGUCGCCAUGAUAAACUAAAAGACAUGCUAUCAAAGAUGGAGGAACAACUCAAACCACUGACAGAUCAACUUGGAAGAGUAAAGGAUUUGCCAAUCCCCGAGUUCGGAAAUCUUCAAGCUUGGGAAGUUAGAGCAAAUGCUGCUAACCGAGCUGCAAAUGGAGAUCCUAAUGGCGAUUCUAAAUCUCUGCACGGUUUUAAUGGAACUCCUAUGCCUUAUCUUGGGGAGACUAAGGUUGAAGUUGCUUUCUCUGGUGCUGAUGAUAAAGGAGACGUUAAAUCGGUGAACACCAGUACACCUAUGAAAGUCUUGCCUCCUUGGAUGAUAAGGGAAGGUAUGAAUCUUACAAAAGAGCAACGUGGAGAGGCUGGGGCAGACCCAAAGAUCGAUGGGGCCGCCCCUUCAGCUUCAGAUCUUUUAGAUGACAAAAAGUCCGCAAUUGUAAAUGAUGAAGAAAAGAUUUUUCAGGAUGAAUAUGUUAAAGCUUAUUAUGCUGCUCUGCUUAAUCGGCAACACGAGCAAGUAGAAACGGUGAAAAAGGAAGAGGACUUUCUUAAUACUGCAAUCACUAAUGAAGCAUAUGAUACAUCCACCCAGCGCCAAGUUGGCAUGAAAUUCAAACGCGAGGACUAUGGAAGUGGUGAAGACGAGUGGGAGGAAGCCCCUCCUGCAGGUGGUGGUAGCACAUCUGAACAGUUUAAAGUUGACUUAAACGUAGAAGCAGCAGCUUCCGAAGAAGAAGACGACGAGGAUGAGAAUGAUUGGGAGGAUGGUUAAAUAACCGACUUCUUGAAAAAUGGAUUUACUAAUCAUUUGGAUCUCUACUCUCUCUACUUACUAUAAAAUUGGAUUGAUUUUAGUUAACUUAUGUGGAGCUUGAUUUUGUUCUGAUACUUGUGUGUGUUAGUGUUCAAUAGUCAACUUCAGAAGACCAAGCUAAUAAUAAUAAUAUUAUUAUUAUUAUCGAGU